ACCAUCAGUUGGCGUAUGAUAACAAUAAACAACCCUGGAACAAGAGAUACGCACCAACGGGACCUGCCGGCCGACUUCGACACGAACGUACCGAAAAUAUGAGCCGGGACAGCGGCAGACAGUUGGAGUAACGUCUCGUCAAGUGCCGUGCGAGUGUGGUCGCUCCUGGCACAAAGGAUUUUCGAGUUUUUUGUGUCAAGCCGAGGGGAGAACUAGAGUUACGGUCUUCCCCUUCCUUAGCCCCCUCUAGCUAGCUGUGGCUCAUUCCUUGUUUUUGCUCACUUUGUGUUAGUCUGUUAUGCAGUUGCCAGAGGACUGUACUCGCACUCGUUCUCCUCCGCCACCUCUUCGCUCCCUCUCCCCGCUCUCUCUGGCCCUAUGUCUCGCUGGCUGUUUCCCUGGUCAGGCUCAAUCAAGAAACGGGCCUGUCGGUACCUCUUACAGCACUACCUCGGUCACUUUUUGCAGGAACGCCUGAGCCUGGACCAGCUGGGCUUGGACCUGUACAACGGCAGCGGUGUCAUCAAAGAAAUCAACCUCGAUGUCUGGGCGGUCAAUGAGCUUUUGGAGUCUCUUGGAGCUCCCCUGGAGAUAGUGGAUGGCUUUGUGAGCAGCAUAGCGGUGACCAUCCCCUGGCAAGCUCUCCUGACUGAUCACUGCACCUUAGAAGUUUCUGGUCUCCAGAUAACAUGUCGACCCAAGUAUCGCACCAGUGGGGGUUGGGACUCCCAGGGCUGGUCUUCAAGCAUGACCUCCAGCAUGCAGCUGGCUCAGGAGUGCCUGAAGGACCCCCCAGAGGCAUCCGAAGAGCCGCCUGCCCAGUUGGAAGGGCUUGAGAUGUUUGCACAAACUAUUGAGACGGUCCUUCGUCGUAUUAAAGUCACCUUCAUAGACACUAUCGUUCGCAUCGAGCACCAUCCCCUGGACCUGGAAACAGGCGUUGCCUUAGAGGUGCACAUCAAACGGUUGGAGUACUUUGACGAGGCGGUGCGAGAUCCAGCCAGCCAGACUGCCGUGCCUGUCGACAUCCACCAGCCGCCUGCCUUCCUGCACAAGAUCCUCCAGCUGAGCGCCGUUCAGCUGUUCUACGACAGCACCGGCACAGAACAGGGUCCUCCUGAGGAGGAAUGCCCAGAAUCCACCACAGCAAGUGAAGGAGAAGAAGAGGAGGAGGAGGAGGAGGAAGGAGAAGACGAUGAGGAUGAAGAGGAGGAGGAAGAAGAGUCAAAGCCCCGGACAUCUGCUUCAUGUCCUCCAUCCCAGCCACUGCUCAUAGGAAGCUGCUCCGGUUUCAUCGAGACCACAGUGAAGAUCAAACAGAACGACAUGCUGCCCGGACCAAAGUUGGAGUUGGAUGGGAAGGUGGGCUGCGUCCACAUGCUGCUGUCUCCAGAUCAAAUAACACACCUGACAGACCUGCUCGCAGCCCUCUGCAUCGACAUUGAGCCAGAGACUAAGUGUGGUGGGGUGCACAGUCGUCCGUUGGACUCAGACGACCUGCGUAUGAUUGAAGAGGACCUCAGUAAGCAGUUGGGGUCCAGUCCCAGAGACAGGGAGUGGGAGGAGCCGAGCCUGGAGCCCUACAUCACCGGCCUGGAGAACGGAGAAAUGUUCUUCUCCAUGGGUCCUGGGGGAGGGAUGACCAGUAGCGUGACGUCUAUGCGCUCUGGCAGCGAGCUGUCAGAUAGUGACAUGGAGUCUUCUACACACAGUCUAGCCAGCUUCACACAGCCUGCACAGGGCAUGGUGAACUGUUCCAGGAGAUAUCCUGUAGCAGGCUGUCUGUCAAGUCUUCCCCAGGCAAGCAUCCGGACCAGAGGUCGCUCACACAGCGGCCAGGCAGAGCAGCUUAAGCCCGAUGCGUUGUUGCGACUGACCCUCGGCGGCCUCACCCUAACUCUGCUGCAGGAGGACCCGCCCUCUAGGCCUGACGGAGCCUCAUCAUUGGCUCAGGUGUCUCAGGUGUUCUUCCGAGAGCUGGCCUUCUUCAAAGACAGCAUGUUCAGCGAGAGAGACUUUCACCACCUGAGAGGCGGCUUUGCCAAGGCCUGUCCACUCUCUCAUCUCAGAGUGACUGGAGCAGCUGUGCAGGUUGCUUGUGAGAUGCGAAGCGGGAUGCGCAACAGUCGGGCGGUGACCUCUGACCUUUCCUUCAGCAGACUGGAGCUGUUAGAGUGCCUCUGGGAGGACGGAAAGCCUCAGUACAGCGAGUUGCUUCAGUUCCAGAAAGCUGGUUUGUUCACAGUUGGAGCUGCAGCCAGACCGUGUGCCCAGCUACACUAUGGCCUCACUGAAAAACACCUACGUAGGGGUAAACAGCGGGUGUUGCGGCGGGAAAGUGUCGUGCGGGUGGAGCUGGCGGAGCUGAGCGCUGAGCUGGACCUGGACGUCAUCAGCCGGCUGGGAAGUCUGAGCAAAGCCUUCAGCUACUGUCCCACACAGACCACUGGACCUGGACUCGUGCAGACUCAGAGCACUGAGCUGUGCUCCUCCUUCACCCUCCUCUCCCCCCACGCCGUCCUCAAGCUUCGCUUCCCCAUACCAGACCUGCGGCCUCUCCCUAAGCGCCGGCCUCCGACCCAGAGAGCGGUGCGGCAGGAGACCCUGGUGCUGGAGCUGAUGGAGCUGGAGCUGAAGCAUCAGGAGGCCCCCGACCUCCAGAGCGAGCAGACGGCCCCUGGACAGCCGUGGGCUCCCUGCCUUACCCAGCUGCUGGAGGCCUCCUUCACUGACCUGCACGGGUCAUACGAGGGCUGGGAGGGCGGCUCUUUCCCCUGUAUCCGACUGAAGAAGAACCGUGACUCUCUGCCCAGGAUAUCGGUGCGUGUGCGUGGAGGCGAAGCUCAGGGCCCGGCAGCAGGUCUGGAUGGGAUGAACCUGGGCCUCGUCAGGGACCUUGGGGCCGCCUUCUUUGAAAGUCACUGUGAAUUCAACGACAAAACCAGCUCUCCAUUCUCCUCCAACCGCACCAUGUUUGAAACGGAGGAGAUGGUGAUUCCAGCCGACCCAGAGGAAAUGAGUCAGUUUCAGACGCAGUGUGUUGCUCAGUGUCAGUGUGCUGUGGACAUCAGCCUGCCGCUGGCCUACAUCCUGCUGCCCAGCAAACAGGCCUUCCAGAGCAUCUACAACAGGAUCAAUAAUGAUCUGUUGAUGUGGGAGCCUCCUUCUCCUUCAGCAAAAAGCCCCGACCACAGCCGCCAGCACCACGACGAAUUCCAGCUGUGCAAGUCGGCCUUUAGACUUGACUCUGAUUCAGAAGAGGACGAGCCUCACUUCUACUUGGCCAGUGAAUCAGAUGGAAGGUCUCAAAAGUCAGCUUCCCGGCCCAACCACAACCUCAGCCUCCUGUCCCUCACUGUGAUCAUCGGCAAAGGUCGCCUCCAGGCCAGAACAGACAGGAAGGAGGACCAGAGUCAUGGGGAAAUUGCGCUCGACCUGGAAGGGGGGAAGAUAUUCAGUGUGGCGCAGCACCAGAACGAUCCCAAUCUCAAUUUCCUGUGCCUGGAGAGCAGACGAGUGGAGCUCUACCAUCGAGCUGUGGUGAAAGACUCCCCCAUCCCACAGCGGCUGGAGAUGCCCAACUUCACUCCCCCAAAGCACUUGGACCCCACCAUCUACCCCACAGAGGUGGGUGUGAGCAGUGUGAGCGGCAGGGAAGGAGAGCCACAGAUGUUGUCCACAGCCAUCAAAGUCACACUGGACCCUGAGAGGAGUGUCAAGGAGUUCCUGGUCGCCCUCCGACUUCAAGGUGCCACCAUGCGACAUUACAUGACGCAGACCAAUCACAGCUGGCACGAGCAGCUGGUCGACUUCCUGGAUGUCAUCGACGAUCCCAUUCUGGGAUACACUGCACCUGCCGUCAUCACUGUCCUCCACACACACCUCGCUACCUGUGCCGUAGACUACAGACCUCUGUAUCUGCCACUGCGAGUAUUGUUCACAGCAGAGUCCUUCUCUCUGUCCAGUAACAUCAUUGUAGACACUGCCACCUUCCACCUCAGAUUCAUCCUGGAUGACUCUGCUCUCUACCUCUCUGACAAAUGUGAGACUGACACCGUGGACUUGAGGAGAGACUACGUGUGUGUUCUGGACAUUGACCUUCUGGAGCUCGCCAUCACCACGUGGAAAGGCAGCAAUACGGGCAAACUGUCUCAGCCUCUCUUUGAGCUCCGUUGCUCCAACAAUGUGGUUCACCUUCAUACCUGUGCUGACUCCUGCGCUGCCCUGGUCAACAUGCUGCAGUACCUGGUCUCCCAGGGUGACCUGCACCCUCCACCACGUCACGCCUCGCCCACUGAAAUCGCUGGCCAGAAACUACCACUGUCAGAAAGUCCUGCGUCUGUGCUGCCCUGCCCUCCAGCUGAAACCGCUGAGAUCAACCAGUACGACCUGGCUGAUGCCUUAAUCGACACGGAGAAGAGCCACAGAGAAGAGAGCUUGGAUCCAGGUUCACCCUCCAUGCCCAGAGGCUCUCCUGUCUCCGUGUACCUGUUUCCUGGUGAAGCCCCGAAGCACAGACCCGUCGUCCUGCAGGACGAGGACUCUGAGGUCGACGGACUGGUUGCCACAGCAACAGAGGCAGAGGCAGACAUGAUGUCAGACGAGGGCUCUGAGGGCUCCACCGACAACGACGACUUUUGCAUCUUGGAGGCUCCCGGCAUGGGCAUUCCUCCCAGGGACGGGGAGCCCGUGGUGACGGUGUUGACCCAGGGGCCCAUCAGGGUGAAGGACAGUCACUUCUCCAGACCUCGAGGCAGCUCAGAUCUCCUGCGAGCCCCGAGCCGCUUCCCGGUGCCUCAGAGCAGGGUGGUGCUGCGGGAGAUCUCUGUGGUCUGGCAUCUCUAUGGGGGCAAGGACUUCGGUGGCAAACCCAUGUCCAUACAUGCCCAGCAUGCAAACAGAGGUCGUCCAGCUCCUGCUGGUGUCCGAGGGUCUCCGUCUCGCUCCGUCACUUCCUCUCGUCCCCAGAACUCCUGGCGCUGGGCUGGAGGCAGCGGCCGUGAGCACACACUGCUGAUGGAGAUCCAGCUCACCAAGGUGUCCUUCCAGCACGAGUCCUACGCGGUGGCAGUGGCAGGACAGGACGGGGACGGGUCAAUGGCGCCCGGGGUCGGCGUCGGACCCGGUGGCGAGCAGCCGCUCUCCAGGCAGGUGUUCAUCGUCCAGGAGCUGGAGGUUCGAGAUCGACUGGCCUCCUCUCAAAUCAACAAAUUCCUCUACCUCUACACCAGCGAGAGUAUGCCCCGCAGAGCCCACUCCAACAUGCUGACGGUGAAGGCCCUGCAGGUGUGUCCAGAGUCUGGCCUUGGUGGUCCAGAGUGCUGUCUUAGGAUCAGCCUGCUGCCGCUGCGGCUAAACAUCGACCAGGACGCACUGUUUUUCCUUAAGGACUUUUUCAGUAAUCUAGCUUCCUAUGUUAACCCUUACCUGCCUGUGGACCCUGCCACUGAAGUGAAGGCAGACCCUUCCCAGAAGGCGUCUGAGGAGGCGGAGUCCGCUGCUGGUCUGGGACCUGAUCUCACCGCUUCUGUUGAAACUACCUACAGCGAGCAGAGCUCCUCCUCUGCCGGCUCCACCUCCUCCUCCGACCAGCCAAUUUACUUCCGGGAGUUUCGUUUCACCUCUGAAGUGCCUAUCUGGCUGGACUAUCAGGGCAAACAUGUCGUCAUUGAACAGGGAACGUUUGCAGGGAUUCUGAUCGGUCUGGCCCAGCUCAACUGUUCUGAGCUGAAGCUGAAGCGGCUCUGCUGCAGACAUGGGCUCCUCGGUGUGGACAAAGUGAUCCAGUACGCCGUCACAGAGUGGCUGACAGACAUCAGGAAGAAUCAGCUGCCGGGCAUCCUGGGAGGUGUCGGGCCCAUGCACUCGGUUGUCCAGCUGUUCCACGGAGUGAGGGAUCUGUUCUGGCUGCCCAUAGAGCAGUACAGGAAGGAUGGGCGCAUUAUCCGAGGUCUCCAGAGAGGGGCAGCGUCCUUUGGCACCUCCACAGCAUCAGCUGCCCUGGAGCUCAGCAACAGGCUGGUGCAGGCCAUACAGGCCACAGCAGAGACUGUCUAUGACAUCCUGUCUCCAACUCCCCCCCUGAACCGCUUAGCCAUCACAGAAGGCCGGGCCCCCACCAGCCGGCCCCGCAGGGCUGCUCAGCCCGCAGACCUCCGAGAGGGCGUGGCCAAGGCCUACGACACCGUCAGAGAGGGAGUGAUUGACACGGCUCAGACCUUGUGCGAUGUAGCAUCUCGCGGCCACGAACAGAAGGGUCUGCCCGGCGCUGUGGGCGGCGUCCUGCGGCAGAUCCCGCCCACCGUGGUCCGACCUUUAAUAGUGGCCUCUGAAGCCACAUCCAAUCUUCUUGGUGGCAUGCGGAACCAGAUCAAACCAGACGCCCGGAAGGAGGAUUUCCUCAAGUGGCGCACGGAGGAAGGCCAAGAAUGAUGCCGGCUUUUUUGUUUUGUUUUGUUUUGUUUUGUCUGUGUGAGAGAGAAAGUGUGUGUGUGUGUGUGUGUGUGUGUUUGUGUUUGUGUGAGAUCAUGAUUCGGGAAAGUCUCAGCUAAGGGAGCGAAUGUUUAUUUGCAUGUGUGUACGGACUAAUGAGAGUCAGUGUGUGCUCCAAUGCAAAAACAAAGCAAUGACUAACGACUACUGCAGUUAGAUGUGGCUCCAUCAUUCAUGGACUGAACCAGAUUUAGUCAUUCUGUGCUCUCCUCAUAUAUCCUUUCCUCAGUAAUACACUAUUCUGCAGAUUCUCCUUAAUGUCUGUUCUAACAUAUCAUCGUCAAUCUCAACUUUCUUCAUCAAUCUGACCACUGGCAGGUGGGAUAAUCACUUUCAAGUUGUCCUUGUUCACAGAUUGUGGGCACUUCAUGUACUCUGAAUUGAGCUGCUUGAAACUGUUUGUAUUCUAAUUUAAAGAUUUCUGGCACAAUUUUACCAAUUUUUCCAAGGUAAGGCACGGACAAAAAGAGAAAUGAUUAAUAGUUCAAGUGUUAUUUUGAGACCAAUGUGUUUCAGCUUUUGUCGACUAUUUCACGAAACUUUGAAGUCGGUGAACUUCUGGCAGAAAUCCUCGCUGUUUGUCUUCUUGUUCACUAGCUGUGAAGAGCAUCACUACAAAGGGUUUCCAGCUGAUUAAUUAAGAAAUCGGUUCACUCUUUUUCAGAUGCAAUGUGUGAUAAAGCGCUUCAGUCUACUUGGUGUCCAUUGGGGCUAACAGUGGAGACAGUGAGAACAUUUUUAACGAAGUGUCCUUUGCUAACACCUUCCAGAUGUUGGCAGAAGGUUUUAACCCCACAACACAACGUCUUUCUCGCAGCUUCGGUCCCUCCAUGCACCUGCUUCUCUCAGUGCUGUUAUUCGUGCCAUAAACCUUGCAGAGUGCCCUUUUUAAGUAGUUUUGUUUUGCCUUCCUCGACCUUGCCCCCGCUCUACUACAAGUAUAACACACACUGGCUGGUACUGAUACACACUUGACUGACGGACAUGUUUCCUGACUGAACAGAGACAGUGAACCUAAACUCUGUAGCACAUUUGAUUCUGUCCAAGCUUCACAAAGUGAAGUUGGACUAGUCAUCUGAAACUCGUGGUAAACUGUCCAGAUGUCAGCCAGUGGUUCUUCAGAACUGCUUCGUCCACUUCUUUAGUUGCCUUCCUGCAUUGUUUUUUUUAUGUUUCUUUACUUGUUUUUUUUUUAUUUUGACAAAACAUAAGUAUUGUCAUACUCGUUUUCAAAGUAAGAGUUAAGAGGAUGUGAAUCUGGUGACAGUGGAGGAUGAAAAAUCUAGGGUUUUGUGGUUUAAAAACGUUUUACAUUUUUAUCUUUUUUGUUUAAUGAGUGUAAGGGAUAUUUGUCCCUAUGUGCGAGCGUGUGUGAAUGUGUGCGUUUGUGUGUGUGAGUGACGGUGUGUUUGUGUGCGUGCAUGAUGCAUGUCUGUGAGGUUGAUGGGUAGAUGCUUGUUACUCCUCUUGUGUGUAAUUACUAUUUACUAUAUCAUAAACUGUAUGAAUGACCUGUAUAAUACAAAGACAAGGAGUAUACAAAAUUAAUACAAAAAAUAAAAAAUUUGAGUAUAAAAACUGAA